AGAUGGGGGAGGGCGGGGGUCUCUUCGCCUCCCUCGUUCACCCUCCUCAUCUCCCCCUACCUCAGCGUCUAAAGCAGUUAUUCACUUGCUGCUUACUACGGCUUGAAAUGUGACUCAAAAUUUACACUACAAGGAAUAUCGUUUUGUGACAACUGAAGGAUUGCCUGUGCAGCUCUUGGUAAUAAUUAUGGGACAAAAAAAGGAGAAUGCCUUGUCCCUGACAAUGGAUUUUCUAGCGAUUUUAUGUGUAAUCACAACGGUUUCAGCGGUAGAAGAAACUGUGAUGGACACACGGACUGCCACAGCAGAACUUGGGUGGACAGCGUAUCCUGCCUCUGGGUGGGAGGAGGUGAGCGGCUACGACGAGAACCUCAACACCAUCCGGACCUACCAGGUGUGCAACGUCUUUGAGUCCAGCCAGAACAACUGGCUCCUGACCACGUUCAUCGACCGACGGGGCGCCCAGCGCAUCUACGUGGAGAUGCGCUUCACUGUCCGCGACUGCAGCAGCAUCCCCAACGUGCCAGGCUCUUGCAAGGAGACCUUCAACCUGUACUACUAUGAGACCGACUCGGUCAUCGCCACCAAGGGCACGGCCUUCUGGAUGGAGGCGCCCUACCUGAAGGUGGACACCAUCGCGGCCGAUGAGAGCUUCUCGCAGGUGGACUUUGGUGGGCGGCUCAUGAAGGUGAACACGGAGGUGCGGAGCUUCGGGCCACUGUCCCGAAGCGGCUUCUACCUGGCCUUCCAGGACUACGGCGCCUGCAUGUCGCUGCUCUCCGUGCGCGUCUUCUACAAGAAGUGCCCCAGCAUCGUGCAGAACUUUGCCAUCUUCCCCGAGACCAUGACGGGCGCCGAGAGCACCUCGCUGGUCAUCGCGCGCGGGAUCUGCAUCGCCAACUCUGAGGAGGUGGACGUGCCCAUCAAGCUGUACUGCAACGGGGACGGCGAGUGGAUGGUGCCCAUCGGCAGCUGCACUUGCAAGGCCGGGUUCGAGCCCGACAAUGGGAACGUCUGUCGAGCUUGCCCUCCGGGAACGUUCAAGUCUAACCAGGGGGCGGGGCUGUGUCUGCAGUGUCCUCCCAACAGCAGGUCUACCGCGGAGGCAGCGACCAUAUGCGUCUGCCGGAAUGGCUACUACCGCGGGGACAUGGACCAGCCAGACGCCUCCUGUACCAGCGUCCCGUCUGGCCCGCGCAACGUCAUCUCCAUCGUGAACGAGACCUCCGUGACCCUGGAGUGGCACCCCCCGCGCGAGACGGGCGCUCGCGACGACGUCAUGUACAACAUCGUCUGCAGGAAGUGCCGCGCCGACCGCAAGGCGUGCUCGCCGUGCGAUGACAACGUGGAGUUCGUCCCACGCCAGCUGGGCCUCACCGAGACCCGCGUCUUCAUCAGCAACCUGUGGGCCCACACCAUCUACGCCUUCGAGAUCCAGGCCGUCAACGGCGUCACCAACAAGAGCCCCUACCCCGCCCAGCACGUAGUCAUCAACAUCACCACCAACCAGGCCGCUCCGUCCAUGGUUCCCAUCAUGCACCAGGUCAGCUCUACGAUGAAGAGCAUCACGUUGUCCUGGCCGCAGCCGGACCAGCCCAAUGGCAUCAUCCUGGACUAUGAGCUUCGCUAUUACGAGAAGGACCACACAGAGUUUAACUCCUCCAUAGUCAGGAGCCAGACGAACACGGCGCGCUUGGAGGGCCUGAGGCCGGGCACAGUGUACGUGGUGCAGGUCCGCGCCAGGACCGUCGCUGGCUUCGGCAGAUACAGCGGGAAGAUGUGCUUUCAGACUCUGACAGAUGAUGACUACAAGUCGGAGCUUCGAGAGCAGCUGCCGCUGAUCGCUGGCUCAGCCGCGGCCGGUGUGGUCUUUGUAGUGUCCCUGGUGGCCAUUUCAAUUGUAUGCAGCAGGAAAAGAGCUUACAUAAAGGAAACUGUGUACAGUGACAAGCUGCAGCACUAUAGCACUGGUCGAGAACUGUCUUUGAGACCAGAUCUGACUAACUGCCACUCCCCCAUCGGCUGCCCAACCUACUUCUCAGGCUCACCCGGGAUGAAGAUCUACAUCGACCCCUUCACCUACGAGGACCCCAACGAGGCCGUGCGCGAGUUCGCCAAGGAGAUCGACGUGUCGUGCGUGAAGAUUGAGGAGGUCAUUGGGGCAGGGGAGUUUGGGGAGGUGUACAAAGGGAGGCUCAAACUGGCGGGCAAGCGGGAGCUCUACGUGGCCAUCAAGACCCUUAAGGCGGGCUACUCGGAGAAGCAGAGGCGGGACUUUCUCAGCGAGGCCAGCAUCAUGGGCCAGUUCGACCACCCGAACAUCAUCCGCCUGGAGGGCGUGGUCACCAAGAGCCGGCCUGUCAUGAUCAUCACGGAGUUCAUGGAGAACGGAGCGCUGGACUCCUUCCUGCGGCAAAACGACGGCCAGUUCACUGUGAUCCAGCUGGUGGGAAUGAUGCGUGGGAUCGCAGCCGGGAUGAAGUACCUGUCAGAAAUGAACUACGUGCACAGAGACCUGGCCGCAAGGAACAUCCUGGUCAACAGCAAUCUGGUGUGCAAGGUGUCUGACUUCGGCCUGUCUCGCUACCUGCAGGACAACACCUCAGACCCCACGUAUACCAGCUCCCUGGGUGGGAAAAUUCCUGUGCGGUGGACUGCUCCAGAAGCUAUCGCCUACAGGAAGUUCACCUCAGCCAGUGAUGUCUGGAGCUAUGGCAUCGUCAUGUGGGAGGUGAUGUCAUUUGGAGAGAGACCAUACUGGGACAUGUCCAACCAGGAUGUGAUCAAUGCCAUCGAGCAGGACUACCGCCUGCCCCCGCCCAUGGACUGCCCAGCUGCCCUUCACCAGCUCAUGCUGGACUGCUGGCAGAAGGACAGGAACGCCCGGCCCAAAUUCACCGAGAUUGUCAACACGCUGGACAAGAUGAUACGCAACCCUACCAGCCUGAAAGCUGUGGCCACCAUCCCAGCAGUGCCUUCUCAGCCACUGCUGGAUCGCUCUGUGCCAGACUUUACCACCUUUACUUCUGUAGAGGAGUGGCUGGCUGCCAUCAAGAUGAUCCAGUACAGGGACAAUUUCCUCAGCUCUGGAUUCACCUCCCUCCAGCUGGUGGCACAGAUGACCUCAGAGGACCUCCUGAGGAUAGGGGUGACUCUGGCAGGACACCAAAAGAAGAUUCUCAACAACAUUCAGUUGAUGAGGGGACAGACGAGCCAGUCGCCCACUUCCAUAGCGUGACUACCGAUGGUACUGCGCAGAAGCAAACCCCCGAGGAGUCCUGGGAAGGCCCUCAAACUAACUGAACGCACCUGGGUCGAAACACUCACCUUGAUUUAACACCAUCGAUGAUGCACAUGGAUUCUAGCACUUCAUAUCACAAGCUUCCUUCCCUCAUCUCCUACAAGGACCAUUGCUUGGACACAGGGACAAGUGAAUAAAAACAAAAAAACAAAUGGAGAGACAUGCAAAUAGAAAUCUAUAAAUCAUGAAUAUCUACGUUGGAUUAUUGUAGAUUUUGGGGUGGGGGUCUUUACUGAGGGAGCAUUUUUUUCCAUAGCUGGGGGGAAAACCAAAAGCUAUGGCUUUCAUGCACCCCUGUUUUUUUUUCUCUUAUAAAUUAUACCUUUUAAAAAAAUAAAUAAAUUAUUGAUCCUCGAGAUAUAACUACGCUACCUGUGGAAGUCCAGGUGGAGGGUGUUGCCAAAGGACAGCUAACAGUAGCUGUACCCGGAUUUAAAAUCCAUCAAAAAUCAAAUGUUACAUAUAUAAAUACAUAGAAAUUAAAUAUAAAUGCAUAUUAAAUAACUCUUCAUAUUGAAGGUAACAUGUAAUAAAUGUAUGUAUACUUUUUCUGCUUGCAUUUUUGGCAACUAAGAGUGUGGUAGCUGGAUUGCGGUGGACAUUCUGAGCUCUGUUGUUCCUGUGGAUGUGGUGCCAGUGGUGAACAUGUGACUUGGUUCAUCUCACUGUGAGGAAGGACAGGGACCAGCACUCAAGGUCCGGACAAACUCUGCACAGAGAAUUUUCCAUGUGUUAAAAGAUAACAAGAAAAGAACAAAAAAAAAAAACGAAAAGACAUGAAAAUAUCUUUCUUGGACAAAAUGACGGUGUUUUAAUGUGGGUG